AUGCCUAUUGAAACCCCCAAUCAAAUUAUACCCCGAUCUAGGAGAUGUGGACCCAAAGUGAAGACAGGCUGCCAAACUUGCAAGAUACGUCGAGUCAAGUGCGAUGAAGCCAAGCCUUCAUGUGAAAGAUGUGUUUCCACUGGACGAAAAUGUGAUGGGUAUUCCACAGACCUGAAGAGGUUGAGCCCGGAACUACAAACAUUGUCAGACAUUCAACGAGUGCCUACAUUUUUACCUGGUACUGUAAAUGAACGGCGAGGUUUUCAGUACUUUGUUUCCAAUACAGCAACAGAGCUCAGUGGAUAUUUUGAUCCCUCUUUCUGGAAUCAUCUCAUAUUGCAAGCAGGCUCUGUGGACCCAUCUCUUCGGCAUGCUAUCAUAGGACUUGGGACCCUCCACGAAGAUUUCUCGAACCGAAGAUUGGACCUUGCGACAAAAUGCGAUGCUGCAAGAUCAGGAUUUGGGUUCGCUACAAGUCAAUACACAAAGGCCAUUUCACACCUUAGACGGUCUUUAGCGGCAGGCAAACAGAAACCUCUCACAGCUUUAAUGUCUUGUAUUCUUUUCGUUUGCUUUGAUUCUUUACGGGGUCAUUUUUCAAGCGCAGUGAUGCAUUUGCAGAGCGGUUUAAAGAUACUGCAGAAUUCGCGAUUACGAAGCAAUUCUCAAGACGAGGAUCUGAUAGAAGAGAACAUUGUACCUAUGUUCAUGAGACUUUGCAUACAAGCUAUUCUGUACAUCGAUACCAGAGAAGUUCCAGAACGUAUGGCUUUCGCAAAAGUAAUAUCAACUAUCAGUACUCGAGAAAAUAUCAUACCGAGAGAAUUCAAAAACCUGGAUGCAGCAAGAAGAAGUCUCCUUCACGCAUCUGAUAGCCUUUUCCGAGGGGGUUACUUAUGGGAUGGUAACCUUCCUUCCGCCUGUCAACCAAAAUCAGCGAUGGAUUUAUAUGUAAAAUCUCGUACGCAAUUGGACGCUUGGAGAGUCUCAUUUGAGAACUUCAUGAAAAGCCAGAGUCAUACUUUUGACAGUAAACAAUUGAGAGGCGCUGCACUGUGCAAAGUACAUUAUGCAACUGUGCAUAUUAUGGCUAGGGUUACCGAACUAGACCUAAACGAUCCUCGAAUCAUCAAGGACUCCGUUAAUGAUCCCAAAAAGUUCGCCGUGUUCGAUUCGGAAUUCCAAGUCAUCGUCAGUCUUGCGAGAUCUUUGAUUAAUGCUGCUGAGGAAGAUGCUAAAGCUGGGAGACCUGCAUUCACAUUCUCAGCCGAUUUGGGUUUGAUUGCUCCUUUAUAUUUCACUUGCGUAAAGUCGCCCAAUGAAACAACUCGUCACAAAGCAUUAGAACUUCUACUGCGGUGUCCAAGAAAGGAGGGGAUGUGGGACAGCUCAUCAACGAUCAAUCUCGUACGCGGUUUCUGGAACCUCGAACAGAAACUGAUUUAUCAACCUAGAGAAGUAUACCCGGUUUCAGAAAAACUCAUGCAAAUGAGUGAGGUGGUAAACCUUGUCCUGAACGAGAAUAUGCAAUGGGAAUGGAAACUCUCUGAAACUCAGAGAAUAGAACCUCCUCGAUGCACUCGUAGAAACGAUUUCUCGAAUCUGGAGGAGUUCAGUUGGCUACCAAAUGAAAUGGAAGAUAUAAAAUUCUUUGAAAUGGCCGGCGGAAGUUCCAUUCUGGGGGGUUCUUGGCCCUAA